AUUUUUUAUUGGUUCUUCUCUCCUCAGCCCUGAUGCUGCGAUGAUGUUGCGCCAGGGAGGAGGGGCUGUCUGAAGGUGAAUGGCAGCAAAUACAGGAGCAGAGAGGCAAGACAGGCUGUUCAGCACUUCCUGUUUGUCACCCAAGGCCUUUGCCCUGUUGUCUCCAUCCCUGCAAGAGCUUCAGAGUAACUCAGAGUUUGUCCAACCUGCCAUGCACAGCUGUGAUGAAUUCCAGCUGCCGGGAACAGCAUAAAGGUGGCAGAGCCUUUUCCCACAAAAAAAAAAAAAAAAACAGCCAGAGAGAUUUUCAGCCCCAAGGACCUUUGCCUAUGAAUCUGUCAGCUUCCUUGCUGCCUCCAUAGCUUAUCAGCAAAUCAAGUAGGUUUUUCUUUCACAAGCCAUUACAUUUCCCACUUCUUUCUUUGGCACAAGGCAAAAACAGUCACAGAGGCAUCCCAAGCUGAGCUGGAGACAUGGCUGCACACACAGCUACAAGUGAGGAAAAUGCCACUUGUUUUCACUCUCUACCAACACAUGACAGCCUGUUACACAAAAUCAGCAGCAAAACUCCCCCCCACUUUUGCAAAAGAAUAACCCAACCCAAAACUUAUGUAACUCUGCAACUAAUCUUUGGUAAUCUUGAGCAAGGCAUUUAAAUCCAGGGAAUAAGCCUCAUCCCCCCCACCCCCCAGCCUAUCUGUAAAGUAAAAAGGGAAACAAAUAGAAGCGAAGUUCACAGCCUUGUGAUUUUUCCUUUUGACCAGAGCAAAGUAGCAUCGCGUCCCGAGACUGCUCUGAAGUAAACCCUCCUGCCUUGCCUUAUCCCAUGCACUGAGCACCUUAAGAGAAAAGCUGCUUUCAGAGCAGCUGUCAGUUGCUCUUGGCUGAAGCAUGGAAAUCUCUACCCUCGCCACGUACCACUGCCUUGCUUUUGUCUGGUACUUUUUCGUUGCCUAUUCCAUCACACAAGUAAAAGCAGAGGAGCGGCCAUCUGAAGUGUUCCUUUACGGUGGGCAGUGGAAAUACUUGACAGUCCUCAAUCUGUUUUUGCAGGCUGUCUUCUAUGGGGUGUCCUUCCUGGCUGAUGUGUUGAGACUAAUUAAGAAACUGCGAUGUGCUAAGUGCAUAAUUUCCACCAGAGACCUUCUUUUCAGUGUCCUGGCUUUCCCAGUGUCCACAUUUGUGUGUAUAUCCUUCUGGACACUGUAUAGCUACAACCGAGAGCUGGUUUACCCCAAAAGCCUUGAUGGAGUCAUCCCGCUCUGGUUAAAUCAUGCUAUGCACACGGCUGUAUUGCCAUUUGCUCUCCUGGAAAUCCUUGCCUUGCCACAUCGUUACCCAGCAAAGAAGAAGGGAUUGAUCCUACUGGGAUUUGUGGCUUUUCUGUAUAUCAGUUGGGUCCUGUGGAUUUAUUCUGUAACAGGAGAGUGGGUAUAUCCUCUCUUUGCUUUGUUCAGCCCCCCUGGACUAGCAGCCUUUUUUGCCGGUAGCCUUGCCAUCAUCGUCGCCUUCUACAACUUCGGAGAGUUCCUCAACCGUAUGAUAUGGGGAGAUUCAAUAGUAAUACUGGACCACAAGUGGAAAGGCAAGUGAAUCCUCCUCUUGAAGCCAAGCAAUCUCUCCAUGAAUGCUGAAGCCACGAAGUAGAGGAAAAUAAACAUAGCUGUGAUAAAUCCUUUCUCUGAUGCAUUGCAGCUUCUGGUGAAACCAUUAUGACAUCAGACAUAUGGAAAACUGGUGGAGAAUAUGAAAUGUUUGCCUCUUUCAUGAUAACUCUGCGACUGCUAUGAAUAAGAAAAUUGUGUUCAUCUGUUUACACAGAUUUCUCAUCUCUUGCACAACGUACGUGAGGAUGUGUCCAUGGUUAAAAGUUGUCACUGGUAAAUGCACUCCCUCAUGAGCCUCACACCACUCUGUAAAAGACCUGUGAAUGCAAGCCAGCUCUUGUUUGGAUUGCCCUUCAUCAAGUCUGGAAAAAAUUAAGAGGAGAGAUAAUUUUAACAGUGCUGCGACUUCCAAGCUAGCUAGAUAACAAAUUGGGCUAACAAGCACUGUAAUUAGAAAUGUCUGCUCAGAAAGUUCACCAAGAAGCCGAGUUCUUCUAACGAGAAACUUUCUGUAAUAUUAAUAUGCUUAUAUUAUGCUUAAUAUCUCCCCUCCAUUUUAACAGGAAAUCUGAAGGCAACAGUUUCUUCCUUUUUCUUGGUUUCGGUUAAUCUCGCAGCAAAAGUAACCUAAUUAUACUGACUGUAUGAUUGCUUUGACAGAAAGCAUGUUAAUUUAAAGCACUGUUUAACAUAAAGCUGCCUGCCAUAUAAUUACACUCCAUUCACAUGUUUACUAAUUUUCCUCAAUAUAGUUGAUUUCUGUUAUUAGCCUCAACAUUUUGUUAACAUCCAAACACUGGAGAUCUGCUUUGCAAACUCCAAUAAACAUGCAAAACCGAGAGUAGCACAAGUGUUCCUUAACGGUCAAUGUGAAAAAGAAAAAUCUCUCUUAUUAUUCCUGCAUUCAAAGAGGAUUUGAAACUAGUUGCAGUACUUAAAUGUCUAAAUCCAUCCUCAUUGCCAAAACCCUCGCUUAGAGCUACUGUGCACACCGUUCACCAGGGUGUUAUUUUCACCUUUCAAAUGCCGCUGGAGCUCAGUAAAAACAAAACACAUUGUAAGCUGCCUGUGAGCAAUAAAAAGAUAAUGUGUAUACAUAA